UCAAAACUUGUUCUUUUCUUGUUUCUACAAGACCACAUCCAAACUCAUAACACAUACUGCAUCAUCAUCAACAACAUCAACUACUUGCUGCUGUAGUUGUUGUUGCCAUUCUCACAAUCUUCCUUUUUUCCAUGCAAAAAUAAGUUCUUUUCUCAAAUGGGUGGUUCAGGAAGCUGGUUUAAAUCACUUAUUCCACCAAAAAAGCCCUCCAACAAUAAUCAAGCGAAGGGUAUUGAUAAAAGUAAGAGAAAAUGGAAGUUAUGGAGGAAUUCUUCAGAAAGUAUUGGAUUUGGAACUUCUAUGAAGAAGGGACAUGGUUUUGUUGCUUAUGAUAAAUAUUCAUGUUCUUCAUUUGUAGUGAAUGAACAAGCUUUUGCUGCUGCAAUGGCUGCUGUAGUAAGAACUCCACACAAAGACUUCUUGUUGAUUAAGCAGGAAUGGUCUGCCAUCCGUAUCCAGUCUACUUUUCGAGGCUUCUUGGCAAGAAGAGCUUUGAGGGCUCUGAGGGCAUUGGUGAGGCUGCAAGCUAUAUUUCGUGGCCGGUUAGUGAGGAAACAAGCUGCUGUUACUCUACGGUGCAUGCAGGCUCUAGUGCGAGUUCAAGAACGCGUCAAGGCAAAGAAUGUUAGGAAUUCUCCAGAAAGGAAAGCUAAGAAGAAGCUAUUAAAUGAGCAGCACAAUCAAGAUGAUUCAGUUAAACAAGCCGAGAAAGGUUGGUGUGACAUACCAGGAACUGUGGAAGAGGUUAAAGCAAAACUUAAAAUGAGGCAAGAAGGAGCAAUUAGGCGAGAUAGAACGAUGUCAUACUCCAUUUCCACUCAGACAUCAACGGUGAGUUCUAGUCCAACCUCAAGAGCUUCUAAGUCAUCGACUCCUCUCAAGAACCGCAGCUUAGACAGUAAGAUCUUGUUAGAACGCUGGAUUGCGGCUAAGCCAUGGGAGAGCAGGUUGAUGGGAGACAUUUACUUGGACUCACCUGACAUGACUCCAUUGUCCAAGAAGAGUGAGAAUGUUGAACUCUCUUUUAACUCAUAUCAACAAAAUGGCUUAAAAUCAAGAAGGAAUGGUGCAACAACUAGAAGUUCAUCUAAAUCUCUUACGACAAGCCAAUCAACUCCGUCGUCUUCAGCUGUAAGCUCUGAAUGUAUGUAUGAUGAUAGCCCUUUAUCAACUUCAUGCACAUCAGAGUCACCAGCCAAGGUGGAAGAUACAAAGGAAAGGAAAAUUGGGAAACCGAGCUACAGAAGUUUGAUGGCGUCAACCAAAGCUAAACUGAAAGUGAGUAGAUCACAUUCGUCUCCGAAUUUGAAGAAACUCUUUAUGGAUGAUGAUUAUCUAUCUCAUAGCACGAGAAAAAACAUUCUAAGCGCAGAUACUAGAAGCAUCUCUGGUUCAUAUUCUUCGGCUAAUAUAUGGAAGGAUCUUUAUGGUACGCCUUUAAGGACAAGUUAUCAAAAGCAAUUUACAUUGGGAGAUAAGUAGUAGUGGUGACCAUGACCGAUGAGUCCAACUUCUUGUUGUCCAUUGUCACCUUAAUGUGUGCGUCGAUAACGUAAGUUGUUUGGAAUCUGCAACCCUUUGCCACAUUGCACAUGAUGCAGUCGCUGAAGAACCAUUCAGGUCAAGUGUUGGAUUUGACGGUUCUGUAACAACUGCACCAUGUGAUACCGAGGGUUUAAGGUUCGGUGGGCCGAUGAAAUAGCACACGUUUAAUUUCUAAUGUGUUUUUAAGCCAAUUUAUAAUUUACUAGCCCUUCACUUCUUUUUGUGUAUGUUCAUGUUCAUUGUGUUGGCUAGUAGCUAUAUGUUGUACUAUCUAUGAAACUGAGUAUGAAUUGUGAGUUUUAAGAGUAGGCAUAUUUUUUACAAGUAGCUUUUGUAUAAAUGUAUGGAUGUAUGUUUGUAUGCUAAAAAGUUUGCAGAUAACUAAAUGAUUUGAAGAAUGAAAAAUUAGAUGUCUAAUUCACA